GCCGGGUUCUACUGAAGAGCGCUUGGAGCGAAAGGGGAACUGUUUGUGUAUGCGGGGAUGUGGUCAAGUCUGAAAGGAGUAAAUCUGCAGAAUAUGAAUAAGAGGAGGAUGACGAAAACAAAAGGCAGCAAAAGGAGGAACACAGUAACGGAAAGUGUCACCAUCACCUCCAGUACUGAAGAUGAUUCCUGUGAGAGAGAAAACACUGGAGCAAAGCCCUACCAAUGUUCUGAAUGUGGGAGGAAGUGUACACAUGCUGCACAGUUAAAAAUCCAUCAGAGGAUUCACACUGGAGAAAAGCCUUAUAGCUGUUCUGUGUGUGGGAAGAGUUUCACCCAAGUUGGAUACUAUAAUGCACAUCAGAGAAUUCAUACAAGAGAAAAACCUUAUAACUGCUCACAGUGUGGGAAGAAUUUCAAACAAGAUGCAUACUUGAAAAUCCAUCAGAGGAUGCACACAGGAGAAAAACCUUAUCAAUGCUCUCAGUGUGGGAAGAGAUUUUCACAUAGUAGUACAUUAAAAAACCAUCAGAGGAUUCACACAGGAGAAAAACCUUAUAAUUGUUCUUAUUGUGGGAAGAGAUUUGCACAUAGUAGUACAUUAAAAAUGCACCUGAGGAUUCACACAGGAGAAAAACCCUAUCAUUGUGCAGACUGUGGGAAGAGUUUCUCACAAGAGGUGUAUUUAAAGGUCCAUCGGAGAAUACAUACAGGAGAAAAGCCUUAUCAGUGCUCUGAGUGCGGGAAGAGUUUUUCACACGACCAUGUGUUAAAAAGGCACCAGAGGAUUCACACAGGGGAAAAACCUUAUCAAUGUUCUGUGUGUGGGAAGAGUUUCACACAAAUGGGACACUAUAAUGUACAUCAGAGAAUUCACACAGGAGAAAAACCUUAUCAGUGCUCUCAGUGUGGGAAGAGUUUUUCUGAUAUUAGAACAUUAAAAAUGCACCAGAGGAUUCACACAGGGGAAAAACCUUAUCAGUGUUCUGUGUGUGGGAAGUGUUUCACCCGCAUUGGACACUAUAAUGUACAUUGGAGGAUUCACACAGGAGAAAAACCUUAUCAGUGCUCUCAGUGUGAGAAGAGUUUCAAACAAGUUGCACACUUGAAAAUCCAUCAGAGGAUUCACACAGAAAAAUCUCAUAACUGCUUUGUGUGGGAAGAGUUUUUCAUAUAGUAGUGCAUUAAAAAUGCAGCAGAGGAUUCACACUGGAGAAAAAAAGCUUA